AUGCCGCCAACUAUUGAUAAAGUUUCAGCCACACGUGUCCGACACGUAAACACUCUAAAGGCGAUCUUGGAAAAAAUCAUUACCUUGACUAACCAGGCUUGUUCAUCCACAUUGUCUGUUUACAAUUCUGAAUUGGAAUUGGGUUGGAGGAACUAUAGCGCUGCAUUUGAAGAACAUGAGAAAGCUAUUGCCGGUAAGGAAAAGGACAUUUUAGAGACUAUUACGGCUGAAUACGCUACGCUUCAUGGUUCUGUUUUGAAAGCACGUAUUUCCCUUGGUAAAUUAUUGGCUGGUUCAGGUGCUAAUAACACAAGCUUUCUCGAUCAAACUAUUAGCCAACCCGGCAAUACUAGAGCAAUAAAACUUCCUGCAUGCAAAUUACCAUCGUUUUCUGGUUCACAAUUGGGACGUUGGGUUGAGUUCAAGGCAACAUGUCGUUCAUUGCUAACUGAACAAGUUUCCGAUGUCUUAAAACUACAACAUCUCAAAGAAGCGCUUCAAGAUGAAGCCAGGGAUUUGGUUGCUCACAUUUUACCUGGUGAUGGAGCAUUUGAACAAGCCAUGUUGCUACUUAAAAAUAGAUAUGAGAAUUUCCGGGCCAUCACUAAUGAACAAUUACAGCGCUUAUAUACUAUUCCAAAAAACGAUCCUAAUAAGGAAAUGGCAAGCACCAUUCAUCAAAUAGUAAACACGAUUAAUAGUGUUAGGGUGACUCUAACUAACUGUGGAGUAGAUGUAUCUACUUGGGAUGUUAUCCUUAUUUACAAUACUUCGCAAUGUUUACAUCCUGAAACAUUGAAAAUGUGGGAAGAAAGGUUAUGCGGUUUAAGAACCAACCCAGCCUUAUCGGUUUACAUCGAGUUUCUAGAAACUCGAAUUACCGUGCUGGAGACUACUGAGACUUUCCUGGUCAGCACCAAAAGCUUCAGCCAAGUGCAAAGACCAUUAAAAGUGUGGAAAAAUUCUGGCAAUCAUCAUAAAGCUGCCAUUCAUUAUACAUUACGAGUGGAUUAUCAGUGUGUUAUUUGCAAACGUAAUCACACCGCCACGCGCUGUGAUGAAUUGGGUCGUAUGCCAGUAACCGAUAGACGAAAGGCGAUUGAAAAAAAUAACUUGUGUUGCAAUUGUUUGCAAUCACAUAGUGUCUCUGAAUGCCCAUUUAACCCUUCAUGUAAAAAAUGCGAGGGAAUGCACCAUACAUUGUUGCAUUUACCGGAGGGAGGAAAUAUUCUAUGUACUCAAGAACUUAGCCAAGAAGUUGACAAUUAUGAGAUUUUAUCAACCGCUAGUCAGGCUCAUUUUUAUCAUAUUUAUUCAAAAAAUGUCACCAUUUUGGCAACGGCAAUUGUUCCAGUUCGUUGGAAUGGACGUUCUAUUUUAUUAAACGCUUUAAUUGAUCAAGGAGCAACAACUAAUUUGAUUUCCGAACGUGCGCUUCGAAUGUUGGGUUUGCCAUUAAAGCUCUCUAACACAGUAAUGACAGGCAUUGGCGGCGAUCCAGUCGGUCAUGUGAUUGGGCAAACAGUCGGCUCAAUUGGCUCUAUUCACGAGAGCAACUAUAAUUUCAACAUAAACGCCCUUGUAGUCAAGCGUGUCACAAGCGUAAGCCCUUUAAAGUGUGAUGAACGAAAAAUGUGGAGUCACUUGCACGGUCUACCGUUGGCCAAUCCUAAUUUCACGCGUAUGCGUACGCUAGAUUUGCUUUUAGGUGCCAAAGCAUAUGCUGAAAUCGUACUCUCAAAUGUAAAAAAGGGUAAGCCAGAUGAGCCAAUUGCCCAACAAACGAAACUAGGUUGGAUCGUCUUUGGGCCAGCAGAAGUGGACGAAGAAUUUUCGUCUUUGUGUCACGCACUUCAAAAGGAACAUUUUGAUAACAAUCCACCUGAAGAUUUGGCCGUGCUAUUGCAAAAGUUUUGGGAGUUGGAAGAGGUAGAACCAACCAAACACUUGACCCGUGACGAAUUGGCAGCGGAACAAAUUUUCGUUAAUAGUGUUAAACGUGGUCCCGAUGGUAAAUUCAUCGUGGAUCUCCCUUUCAAGGUGGACCCACAAUCGAAAUGUCUAGGUGAAUCACGUCAAUUGGCCGAAAAGCGACUCCGUUCUUCACAACGCCGCUUUGCCAAAAAUCCAGGCGUAAAAAAUUUAUAUGACCAAAACCUGGCGGAGUAUCUGACACUUGGUCACAUGAAAGAGCUGGAAAGUCAUGAAAUUCCAAAGAACUUUCUUCCACACCACCCGGUUAUUAAAGAGUCAAGUAGCACAACCAAAGUACGAACGGUUUUCGAUGCUUCAGCCAUCACAUCGAAUGGUGCAAGUUUAAACGAUUUACUUUAUAUCGGCCCCACUAUUCAGCCAGAUUUAUUUGAUUUGUUAAUUCAAUGGCGACGAUUUAGAUACGCUUUUUGUGGUGACAUCGAAAAAAUGUACCGCCAAAUUUGGGUAAAUCCUGAACACGCUCUUUUCCAAUGCAUUUUAUGGCAAGAGCCUGAUUCCGAUCAAAUCAAAGUUUAUAAAUUGUUAACAGUCACCUUUGGCACGGGUAGUGCUUCCUUUCAAGCCAUUCGUUCGGUAGACGAAAUUGGCAUCCGAGUUCAAGACACUGAUCCAGAACUCAGUCAAACUAUUAGAAAGCGAUUUUAUGUUGAUGAUCAUUUGGGCACUGCUGAUGACAUAGAAAAGGCCAUCAGUUUGAGACAACGUAUCACUUCGGAAUUGGCAAAAUAUGGUUUUAAUUUGAGAAAAUGGAAAGCCAAUGACGUACGUAUACUCGCUGAUUUACCAGAAAGCGACAUGGAAGAAGUUGUCAAUUUUGAAACGACUUUCAAAACACUUGGCGUUGCCUGGCAACCAAGUACUGACCAGUUCAGGUUUAAUUCCACCACCCCCAAACAACCUCUUAACUGGACGAAGCGCAAUAUUCUCUCCGAAAUCGCUAAAUUAUAUGAUCCUUUGGGCUGGCUCGCUCCGUGUAUUGUCAGAGCAAAAAUGUUAAUGCAAGACCUUUGGCGUCUAUCAGAUGCUUUUAAUUGGGAUACUCCAGUUCCGAAACACAUAUCAAAUGAUUGGCAGCAAGUCUAUGAGGAACUGUGUUUACCUAUUCCAAUUCAAGUGCCAAGAUGGAUUGGGCUAUCUAGUGACAUGAUUUCGACAGAAAUUCAUGGAUUUUGCGACGCAGCGAAUCGCGCUUACGCAGCGUCCAUCUAUUUAGUAGUCAAACAUCGGGAUGACAGUACGGUGAGUAAUUUGAUAGCCUCCAAAACGAAGCUCGCUCCAAUCAAAACAAUUUCAAUCCCGCGUUUGGAACUUUGUGGAGCAGCCUUAUUGUCGAAAUUAAUGGUAAGGUCUAUCAAAUCGCUAUCGUUAUCAGACUACAAACAAUAUGCCUGGUGUGACUCUAAAAUCGCUCUAGCAUGGAUUGCUGGUUGCCCAAGUCGCUGGACAACGUUCGUAGCCAAUCGUGUCAGUCAAAUACAAAAAACAUUGCCAAAGGAGAUAUGGCACCAUGUACCAUCUGAACAAAAUCCAGCAGAUAUUGCCUCAAGGGGUAUGUCAAUUAACCAACUUUCUACAAACAAUUUAUGGUGGAAUGGCCCCAAUUUUCUAUUGGAUCACACCUUAUGGCCAAAAACAAAUGAAUAUGUCGCAGAAAAGGAUAUUCCGGAACAGAAUAAAAGAACUAUUAUCCUUCAUAUUGCCGGACCUCAAGAAAAUGGAGUUUUAAAAUAUUUCUCUGAUUACUCGCGCUUAUUAAGAUUUACCGCGCAUGCUAUGCGAUGGAAAAAUAGAGUGAAAAAUCGAAUGGCUCCCAUUCGUGCACAUGAAAUUUCAAACUCUCUCAAAACAUGGGUAUCAAUUGUUCAGAAUGAAGCGUUUGCUCAAGAUAUUUGCAAGAUUCGAAAAGAUGGUCAGGCUUCUGAUUCAAAUAUCCGUCAAUUGUGUCCUUUCUUGGAUGAACACGGUAUCAUGCGUAUGAAUGGUCGAGUCGGCAAUGCCGAUAUGUCGGAGCAAAAAACGGCAAUCAUUCUGCCAGCGCAACACCCGUUCACGUUGCUGUUAAUUCGACACGCACAUGAACAGGUCCUUCAUGGCGGCGUUCAACUCACACUACGGAAAUUGCGCGAGCAAUUUUGGAUUGUGUGCGGCCGCAAUCAAGUCAAAAAGCUUAUUCAUAACUGUGUGCGCUGCUUUCGGUUCAGGAAGGUGUUCAUGAAGCAGAAAAUGGCCGAUUUACCAGCCUUUCGAACUGAACAAGCCCGACCAUUUGCAUUCGUUGGUUGUGAUUAUGCGGGUUUUUUCCAAAUAAAAACUUCGAAUCGCAGAAACGCACCCAUAUCAAAAGGAUAUAUUGCAUUGUUCAUCUGUUUAACUACAAAGGCAAUACAUUUGGAAUUGGUUCAAGAUCUGACGACUGCUGAAUUUUUAAUGGCUUUUGAGAAUUUCACAGCUCGCCGGGGCAUCCCCGUUAUGUUUUACACAGAUAAUGGAACAAAUUUAACCGGAGGAUCCAAAGAAAUUCAGCGAUGGUUUGACCAAAUAAUGUCACAAAACAACGCGGUAACCAAGUUAUUUGCCAUCAAAAAUAUACAAUUCAAAACAAUACCAGCACGGGCAAGUCACAUGGCAGGCAUAUGGGAAAGAGCCGUCGGUUCAGUAAAGUACCACCUACGCAGAGUCCUUAAGGACACAAAAUUAAACUCCCGUCAAUUUGAUUACGUUUUAAAGCAAAUUGAGGCAUGCCUCAAUUCCAGACCGUUGUGGGCAGUAUCAACAGAAAGUGAUGAUGUCGAAGUUUUGACUCCUAGUCACUUCUCUAAUUUUCAAGCCAUCAACACGCUACCACGCCCGGAUAUUUCCCAUAUUCCGUUGAAUCGACUGGACCAAUAUCAGCAUUUGUAUCGAUUGUAUUGCGAUUUUUGGAAGAUAUGGUCAAAGGAAUAUCUUCAUCAAUUCCAACCACGUCCAAAGUGGCAAAAGGAGCACGCGAAUGCUGCAGUCGAUCAAAUUGUCCUUGUGGCCGAGGAUAAUUUACCUCCAAGUAGGUGGGCGCUUGGUAAAAUUACUCAGGUUUAUCCGGCCUUAAUGGGUGAAAUGACAGAUGCAUUCACCUAA